CAUGUUUGGACAUUUCUACUUUGACAAAUUCACACGCCAUCCUUUGUGAUAUUGCUCCCUCUUUCCUCGAAAUUUCCCUUUUCUCAUACUGGAAUCCCUCCCUUUUAUUUAACUAGCUCUUCCCCACCCACAUCUACCCUCACACUAAAUUAGUUUUAUUUCUUCUUCUUCUUCUUCUUCUUCUUCUUUCCCAACACUUUCAGCCUAAAUUUUAUAUUUUGAAGUGUGUAAAUUUUGUGUCUUGCCAUCCCAGAUAGAGUUUUCUUGGUUUUUUUUUAAGGGAUUUGAGGAGAUUUUUGAGUUAGGAUGGAGAAUAACCAGCAAUCGUUUUGGCAAUUCAGUGACCAACUUCGGGUGCAGACCUCGAAUUUGGCGAAUCUCUCGGUGAACGAUUCCAUUUGGAGCUCUAAUCUCGGCGCGAAGAGGCCUGAGGAAAGGAAGAACUUUGAUAUAAGGGUUGGUGGAGAGGUGAACUCUCUGAGCAACUUGAAUUCAAACAGGUCUGACUUUAAUGGGUUCAACGAUGGGUGGAACAGUCUCAAGCCUAAGGGAUCUGAUUUCAAUGGAUUCAACGAUGGGUGGAGCAAUCUGAAGGCGAAGGGGUCCGAUUUCAAUGGAUUCAACGAUGGGUGGAGCAAUCUGAAGGCGAAGGGGUCCGAUUUCAAUGGAGUCAACGAUGGGUGGAGCAAUCUGAAGGCGAAGGGGUCCGAUUUCAAUGGAGUCAACGAUGGUUGGAGCAAUCUGAAGGCGAAGGGGUCCGAUUUCAAUGGAUUCAACGAUGGGUGGAGCAAUCUGAAGCCAAAGGAGUCUGAUUUCAAUGGGUUCAACGAUGGCUGGAGCAAUCUGAAGCCGAAGGAGUCUGAUUUCAACGGGUUCAAUGAUGGGUGGAGCAAUCUGAAGCCGAAGGAGUCUGAUUUCAAUGGGUUCAAUGAUGGGUGGAACAGUUUCAAGCCAAAGAUGACUGAUUUUAAUGGGUUUAAUGCAGGGUGGAAAACGGGUGCUAUCAGUCCUGGAAAUGGUCCAGUUUUUGGUGGAUCUCAAAAGAGUGCUGGGAUUAAUGGCGGUUUCACCAAGGGUAUUUAUUCUAAGCCUGGGAUUUAUAACAACAAUAAUAUUAAUGUGAAGGGGCACAAGAAUGGUGGUAAGGGUGAGGAUGAUCAUGGAGGAAAAGCUGGGAAGAAGAAUAGUAAUGGUAAUAAGAAGAAUAAUGGUGAAAAUAAUAAUGAUGGCAAGAGUGCUGUGGACAAGAGGUUCAAGACACUUCCACCAUCCGAGUCUCUGCCAAGGAACGAAACCGUUGGUGGGUAUAUCUUUGUCUGCAACAACGAUACUAUGCAAGAGAAUCUCAAAAGACAACUCUUUGGUCUGCCUCCUCGUUACCGAGAUUCAGUUCGGGCUAUAACUCCGGGCUUGCCACUCUUCCUUUACAACUACUCCACUCACCAACUCCAUGGAAUUUUCGAGGCUGCAGGCUUUGGAGGAACAAACAUAGAUCCAACGGCUUGGGAGGACAAAAAGUGCCCUGGUGAAUCACGCUUCCCUGCUCAGGUUCAAGUUCUUACAAGGAAAGUCUGCGAGCCAUUAGAGGAGGACUCCUUCAGGCCAAUUCUUCACCAUUAUGAUGGCCCUAAAUUCCGCCUCGAACUCAGCAUUCCAGAGGCGCUCUCUCUCCUGGAUAUAUUCGCAGACCAAAACGCUUGAGCAAAGGAUUACUAUAUAUAUAUACAUGCAUACUGCUACACGAGUAAAAUAAAGAUAGUGAAAACAAAAAGAACAGCAGAAAAGAAGGCUGGUUGGCUGUGUUGUAUCUUGGAAUUUAUAGGGAAUUUUGGAGAACAAAUGCAGUUUAGGACGGUUGAAUUUGAUGCACAGCCUAUAUAUUAUAUAUAGAAAUGUGAUUUGUAAGCUGGUUUUUGCAUAGAGGCUGUUAAAUGUCUGUCCUCUUUUGUUGUUCUUGUAAUAUUAGUGUAUAAAUAAGCACAAGUGAUCCAUAAAGACGAGCUCUUAUAUUUA